UCUAUAACCAUUCUCUAAACCCUAUUUUAGCUUCAGCCACCCCCUCCCUCCCAUCGACAGUCGCUGCAACCUGCUCCGCCUCACGUCGCGCGCCGCUCGCCGCUCGCCGCUCGCUGCGCGUUACUAUAAUUGCCGCUACUUCUUUGAUUCCGUGACGCAUCGGCCACCGUCUUUCUUCGAGUUCUUAUUAUUCAAUACUCUAGGUGAAGAUUUGGCGGCAAUGUUGCGAAGAAACAUUCGGCUAAGGAGGGAGUAUUUGUACAGAAAGAGUUUAGAAGGCAAGGAGCGUUUGCUUUAUGAGAAGAAGCGGAAGAUUAGAGAAGCCCUAGAAGAGGGAAAACCUUUUCCUACUGAACUCCGGAAUGAGGAGGCGGCACUUCGUAAAGAAAUUGAACUUGAGGAUGAUCUCACAGCAGUCCCAAGGACACACAUUGAUGAUGAGUAUGCAAAUGCUUCACAAAUUGAUCCUAAAAUUUUGAUUACUACAUCUCGGGAUCCAAGUGCACCUUUGACCCAGUUUGCAAAGGAAUUAAAAAUUGUUUUUCCCAAUGCACAACGGAUGAAUCGUGGUGGUCAGGUGAUCGCAGAGAUUAUAGAGACCUGUCGAGCUCAUGAAUUUACAGAUGUUAUAUUAGUUCAUGAACAUCGUGGUGUGCCAGAUGGUUUAAUUAUUAGUCACCUUCCUUUUGGUCCAACUGCAUAUUUUGGAUUGUUGAAUGUGGUUACAAGACAUGAAAUUAAGGAUAAAAAAGCUAUGGGAACGAUGCCGGAGGCCUAUCCACACAUAAUUUUGAACAAUUUUACCACAAAGUUGGGUGAAAGAACGGCCAAUGUCUUAAAGCAUCUAUUUCCUGUGCCGAAGCCAGAUACGAAACGUGUGGUUACUUUUGCUAAUCAGUCUGACUAUAUUUCAUUCAGGCAUCAUAUUUAUGAGAAGCAAGGAGGUGCUAAAUCAAUUGAGCUGAAGGAGAUUGGUCCACGGUUUGAAUUGCGAUUGUACCAGAUAAAGUUAGGAACCGUUGACCAAACGGAAGCACAGAAUGAAUGGGUGAUUAGACCAUACAUGAAAACAACCAAGAAACGCCAGUUCCUUGGUGAUUGAGAAAAUCUGCUAAAGAAGCAGGUUGUAUUCUAUCUUUUAUUUUAUUGCAUAAUCACAUUUUUAUUAAAGAUUAUAUAUAUUUUUUGUUCGGUUGGGGAUACUAAAUUUUAUCUAGAGAAUUGAUAGAUUUAGUUGAAUCUUUGUAUUAAGAAAGCUAGCUAGCUGUGUUUUUGACAUAAUGGUUGGUUGGGGAUACUAAAUUUUCUCUAGAUUAUUCAUAGAUUUAGUUGAAUCUUUGUAUUAGAAAGUUAGGUGUUUUUUUUCUA